AUCAUGAAAACAAGUAUGACAAAUCGUAGAUCACUGCUGGUACUGUUGUUUCUCCUAGCCUCCUGGAUCAUUUUUAUGGCUUUCCAAAACUCCACAGAGUUUUGGACUGCACUCAAAUUGCCCGUCUCCCUCCAUCAGUGGAAUUUCAUCAUGAAGUCCUCAUGUCCUGAAGUGCCCCUGAGUCCAGUGGCUUCCCCAGCAGAGACCGAUGUGAGAAUAAAGGAGAUCGUGAGGAAACUAGACCAGCUGUUCCCACCCAGACCCUUCACCCACCUGAACUCCACCACCAGUGCCGCGCACAGCAGAGCCACCGUCCUCAACCCUCGAGACACCUACUGCAGGGGGGAUCAGCUAGACAUCCUGCUGGAGGUGAGGGACCACUGGGGACGCAGGAAGGAACACGGCGGGGACUUCCUGAGGGCCAGGAUGUCUUCCCCAGCCCUGCAGGCAGGCGCCUCGGGAAAGGUGAGGGACUUCGACAACGGCAGCUACCUCGUCAGCUUCACCCUGUUCUGGGAGGGCCGGGUCUCGCUGUCCCUCCUGCUCAUCCACCCCAGUGAAGGGGCGUCGGCUCUCUGGAGGGCAAGGAACCAAGGCUACGACAGGGUGGUCUUCACGGGCCAGUUUGCCAGUGGCUCCUCUCGUGUCAAUGCUGAUUGCGCCCUGGUUUUAAACUCAAGCUCUGAGCUGUGCCAGUACCUGGAUGCUCAAGACCAAGAAGCCUUCUACUGCGUGAGGCCUCAACACGUGCCCUGCGCUGCGCUGACCCACAUGCAUUCCAAGAACAAAGACGUUUCUUAUCUUAACAAACAAGAGAGGAGCCUCUUUGAAAGGUCAAAUGUGGGUGUAGAAAUUAUGAAAAAUUUCAACACCAUUAAUGUCUCCAAAUGCAAUAAACAAACAGUUCCAAUGAAAAAGAAAUGCAAGCUUGGAAUGACAUCCACAAUCCCCAGUGGGCACGUCUGGAAAGGCACAUGGAUUCCCACCUCCUGUAAUUUGACUCCAAUCAAAAUGGAUGAAUGCCUGAGAGGAAAGUUCGUAUAUCUAAUGGGAGAUUCCACAAUCCGCCAGUGGAUGGAAUACUUCACAAAGGCUAUCAACACACUGAAGUCAGUAGAUCUGCAUGAAUCUGGAAAAUUUCAACACCAACUUGCUGUGGAUUUGGGUAGGAAUAUCAACAUCCAAUGGCAAAAACAUGGUUAUCCCUUGAUUGGAUCAUUGACCUAUUCAGUCAAAGAGAUUGAGUACAUCACCCGAGCCAUUGACAGAACUGGAGGAGAUAAAAAUACAAUCAUUGUUAUUUCUCUGGGCCAGCAUUUCAGACCCUUUCCCAUUGAUGUUUUUAUCCGAAGGACCCUCAAUGUCCACAAAGCUGUACAGCGUCUUUUUCUGAGGAGUCCAGAUACUGUGGUUAUCAUCAAGGCAGAAAACAUCAGGGAGAUGUACAAUGAUGUGGAAAGAUUUGGUGACUUUCAUGGAUAUAUUCAGAAUCUUGUCAUGAAGGAUAUUUUCCGUGAUCUCAAUGUGGGCAUUAUUGAUGCCUGGGAUAUAACAAUUGCGUAUGGCGCAAAUAAUGUCCACCCACCUGAAUCUGUAGUCAGAAAUCAGAUUAAUAUAUUGUUAAACUAUAUUUGCUAG